GGAGGACGAGCACCUGGCGCGGCGAGGCGAGGCGAGCGCGCGGCGCGGGCGGGGCGCUGAGCCCUCUUCGUUAGUUGGCUCGGUCUGCUGAGCAGUACCAGCCCGGUGCAGUGCCACCGAGGGGCGUUCCGCGCCGCUCACCAAGCCCGGCGUCCGUCUCCGGCCCCGACGCGGUGCAUGGCUGGCUCGGGCCAGGUGGAGUUCCCCUGCCGCAGGAACAGCCGUCUGGAUUACUUCCUGAAGCGGCACCUGCGGCAGGAGGUGUACGAUGCCAUCCGCACCUACGAGCUCUGCAUCGUGGUCUCGGACACCGAGCACAAGACUUUCAAGUACGUGGUGCUCAGCGACAAGUUCAUCUAUGUGACCGAGAACCCGCCCAGAUCCAUUCGAGGGGUCGUGGCCUUCAAGGACGUUCAGGCCAUUGAUCUGAUUGAUGACUAUCCAGAUUUUUUAAAUGGACCAGAUAAAGAAAUUAACCAACACAUUCGCAUAGUUUAUUCUUUAUCCACUUUGAAAAAUUCCUGUGGAAAUGUCAAGGGUGCUAGGAAAUUGCCAUUUCCAUUUCCUUACUUAAAAGUAAACAAAAAAGGCAAGGAAAAGAAUGAUGACCCCUCCUUUCAAUCAUCAGUUGAAAAUAGUAAAGAAUAUGAAAGUAUAAAUGAUUCACUUCUCAGGUACCAUCAGGAGGACUAUUCAGUAGUGCCCAGUGCCUCAACUCUGGAUCACUGCUGUGAGCGUAAAAAGCUUCGUGAUAGUGAUCAGCAAGCCUUUCGACCCUUGCCCAUCCCUUCAGAGAGGAACUGUUUAUCUACUGUAAUCACUGGCGUCUCAGGCAAUAGUCUUUCAUCGGUGACUAAUCAAACAGAAAGUAUUCUAUCCUGUGCAGCAAACAAAAAGGAAUAUCAGACACUAUCAGAUCAGAAAAACUCUCAGAGUGAAAUCCAAUUCAAAUUUAGUGGGAAUGAAAAUGACUUCUACUCUGGAAAUGUCUCCAAUAGCAUUAUUUUACCUUGCAACCCAAAUCUGGAGAAAAAGGAGGCUGAGCUUCAUUUAUAUAUUAUUUCUACUUCUUCAUCCAUUUUUCUACACUUAAAAAGUUCAUGGAAUAAUUACAUCUUAAAAGCUACCCUCUUGCAAGAUCCACUGUAUGCUAGCAAGUUCAAAUCUACAACUGGAUGUCAGAAGCCAUAUAGGUCUGAAGAGAUGAUUAAACUAUUCAGCCAACUGAAAUCUGAACUUUUUCUUAAAGACAAUACAUUAGGACGAAUAGCCUGCUUAACUGCCAAACUUAAAGUAGCAGCUCAGAAAAACUUCAUUUUCAGAAAGCUUUUCUGGAAAACCAGUGACCUGUACUAUUUCUUAGUGAGCAAGCUUCAUGAGUACUUGCCCAAACCUCAGGAUCUUAAUGCACUUCAAAAUAAAAGCCAAAGGGCUAGUCAACUGGAGGCUUGCAUUCAGAUUAUCCAGGCUCUGGGACUGAUGUUCAGAGAAACAGAGACAGAGUUUUCCCGCCUGAACACGUUAGUUGCUAAACGGAGAACAUUAAUUACUCUUUUGAUAAUUUUAAUUACUGAACCUGAAAUUCCCAAAUCUUGUCCUGAGUUUGGUAUUCAGUUUGUCGCUGAUUCAUCUUUAGUAAAGAUGUCCUCUGAUGCUGAGUUACAGAGGCUUUUGUUGGAAUAUACAAAUACAGCAACUGCACUCUUAUAUGAAAUAUUGCUUGUUUCUCUGCAGGGAAAUCUAGGAUUGGAACCUAAGAAGUUUGCUAUCAGUUGGAUAAUGUCCGUUCUGCAAAGUUUCCCACCCACAAUCUCAUUUGUGGCCAGCCUUGUGAAGCAAGUAAUGAAGGAGCUUCUGACUGCCCUGCCACUUCUAAGCCCCUGCCGAGCUGUUCUGUUGUACCAGCAGUUUUACAUCCUCAAGAGCUGCUUACAGCAUAGUAGCAUCCUGGCUGAAUACAUUAGGAACAACCACAAAGAAGAAUUCAGGUACUUUGUUCACAUGCCAACUCUGGAAAAAAGACUCCCAUUGUGUUACCCUAUUACACAGACCACUACUCAGCUUAUUCAUGAAGUUCUGGACCUGAUUGAACAGGAGCACUGUGUGAAAUGUUCAUAGAUAGACACAAGUAGCUUAAAACUUUUAAGAAAUUCACAUUUCCAUUCCUAUUAAAACCAUGCCAGUUACUAAUUUCAAAUCAUGAGCACUCUGUAUUUCACCUUCUAUCAAAACAGAAUCCUUAGGGAAACUAUUUCUCUAUCACAGAAAAGUAGUGGAAUACAUUUUCUCAUAAAUCCAGUAGCACUAGAAACUAUUGGAUUUCUUCAGGAGAGAAAAAAAAAUGUCUCUUUUCCCAUCAACCUUAUGGGAGAUUAUGGCAGAUCUAUGUGAUAUCUGUGUAUUCUAAGAGCUCUCAGAUUUCUACAUUUUGAGGAAUAAAAAUAAAGUCCAUGGAGAGCGAUGCCAAAAAAUAUGAACUGCUCUGUUCUAGUCAGUGGAGUUGAAUGAAAUCAUGAAUGGCACUUGAAGGAGAUUUUUUUUGAUAGACAAAAGAGUGAUUGUUAAAGAAACGUUGACUUAGAAGAGCUCAGCAGCCUCCCAUGCAGCUAUACUUCUCCAACAAUUAAGAUUUCCCUGAAAUCAGUAUUUCAUGGAGAGAUCAGUAUAAGCAUAUGGCUCAUACAGACAUUUGAAAUAUCAAUUAUUAAUAGAAAUUAGAAAGUUAGGAUUACCUAUGUUCUUAAAAAAGGUGGGGUGGGGUGGUAUGCUGUAUUUGCCAUUUGAUUUUAGCCCAUGGUAGACUUUUCAACAAAGUUCCACGAAAAUUUUAUUUUUGGUAAAGGAUUGCCUCUGUGUAAUAAUAACAUUUUCCCCUUUCAACUCUUAAUGUAUUUUUAUGUAUUCAUUGUAUUUGAUACUUUAUGAUAAUAAACUAAUUU